AUGACAACUUUGAUAAAUACUAUUGCCGAAUUUUGGAACAUAUCAUCAGUGUAUGUAAUUUAUAAUUCCCGGAUAUCGGAAAAUAAUUUCAUUCAAGAUGUUUUGAAAGAAUUACAUCGGAGGCAUACCUAUUUACAUGGAUUGCCGCAAAUGUUGUUGCGUGAAGUGGACAUAGAGAAGCCUUUCUAUGAGAUUGCCGAUAUAAAUUCCAGUACUUUGGUAUUGACUCUGAUGAAUAGUGUCUAUGAUCAUGUGGUGGAGGCAACAGCGUAUGCUAUACGUAAAUAUAGAUCCGGUUUUACAAUAUAUCUGCUACUCACCUAUACAUAUACGGAAGAUCAUAUCUAUUUAUUUGAACAAUUAUGGAGAUAUCAGCUGCGCCGACCAUUGGCAAUUGUCAAUGGUAAAGAUCUGCUGACUAUGCAGCCGUAUCCGGAAUUGGAAUUUGUUAAUGUGACGGGGUAUCCUAUGCGAAAUUGGUUUCCUAUUGUGGAAGGGGUUAAGGAUUUUAAGGGUUACAUUUUGCACAUGCCCGUACAAACUGAUAUACCGGCCACAUAUUUUUAUUUGGAUAGUCGUACACGAAAAUUUGCUGCCGAUGGUUUGGCUGCCUGGAUUGUGCGGGAGUUAAUGUCACGCCUCAAUGUCACCCUGGAGGUACGCCCUUUAAGUAUCGACAAUUCCUAUAUUUUUAAUUAUCGUCGAAUUUUUGAAUUGCUGCGUAGUGGAGAGAUUGAGCUGAGUCCCCAUUUGGUGCCGACUAUUGGCCUUGACCCCGACAUUGAUUUUACUUACCCAUAUAAGACCACAUCCCGCUGCAUUAUGAGGCCACGGCCACAAACUUCGAAUAUUGUAUUUGUAACAAGGGAAAAGGAAUUGAUGAAGAUCUGCGGCGAGUCCGUUACUACUUGCCGGUCAAAUUAA